AAGGGGCUCGAGUCUCUCACUGACUGCUGUGGUGGCGAUGGAAAGACGGCAAGGGCCAUCACCAAGGCCCACCCGCACGUCAAGUGCACCGUGUUGGAUCUCCCCAAGGUGAUCCAAAAAACUCCGUCGGACUGUGUAGUCAACUAUGUCGCCGGUGACCUCUUCCACACCGUCCCAAAGGCUCAGGCCGUGAUGCUCAAGCUUGUGCUGCACCACUGGAGUGACGACGACUGUGUGAAGAUCCUUACCCAGUGUAAGAAUGCCAUUCCUUCCCGUGAAGAAGGAGGGAAGGUGAUUGUCAUUGACAUUGUGGUCGAACCAUCAUUAGGACCUGUCAUGUUUGAGGCCCAGACUCUCAUGGACUUGCUCAUGCUUGUGUUCACGAGAGGCCGUCAACGUAGUGAAAAUGACUGGCGUGAGCUCUUCAUGAAAGCAGGGUUCACCGACUACAAAAUUAUCAAGAAACUCGGUGCACGAGGUGUCAUCGAGGUCUACAAGUGAAGCCUUUCUCAAAAGUUUAUCCAAAAGGCGUACUCUCAAGUACCAUUGCAAUGUGCUUUGUUUAUGUAUGGAUGGAUGGUGAACUCCAAUGAAGAAAAAUAAAGGGAGUUACUUAUGUUUGCAGGGAUAUUAUCAUGUAACAGCUUAAGUGACAAGCUUGUAAUUUCUAUCAUCUUUAAGUUGUAUCUUUUCCUUUCCGGAGUAUUAAAUAAUAUGUGCGUUUGUGUAUGUA